AUGCGCACCGCGCACCCCUCCCGCAGGGCCUGCUGGGCGCCGGGACGCCUGCGGCGGAUCCUCGGAGCGCGGCGGGGACAUGUGGCGGCCGGUGCGACUGUGCCGCUUCCACUCGGCUCUGCUGCAGAGCAGGCAGAAGCCCUGGCCAUGCCCCGCCGCGUUCUUCAGGAGAAGCCUCAGGGGCCCCCCUGCAAGGGCCUCGAGACCCGCCUCGCUCUGGCGGAGGGCGCUCCCUGCUACCGUGGUGGGGGUGCCUCUGCUCUUUGGCGUCUACUACUUCACAGCAGAGGCGCGGGAGAAGAGGAGGCUGCGGCUGGCCGUCGAUGGCAUCGGGCGCUUUGGCAGGUCCCUGAGGAUUGGCCUGAACAUCUCCCUGGACUACUGGUGGUGCACAAACGUCACCCUGCGAGGGGUGGAAGAGAACAGCCCGGGGUACAUGGAGGUGAUGUCUGCGUGUCACCAGCGGGCAGCAGAUGCCCUGGUGGAAGGAGCCAUCAGCAACGGGGGCCUCUACGUGAAGCUGGGCCAAGGGCUGUGCUCCUUCAACCACCUGCUGCCGCCCGAGUACAUCCAGACCCUACGGGUCCUGGAGGACAAGGCUCUCACCAGGAACCUUGGGGAGGUGGAUCAGCUGUUUCUUGAAGACUUCCAGGCCCUGCCCAGUGAGCUCUUUCAGGAGUUUGACUACCAGCCCAUAGCUGCUGCUAGCCUGGCCCAGGUGCACCGCGCCAAGCUGCACAAUGGAACUCCAGUGGCUGUGAAGGUACAGUAUGCUGAUCUGCGGGACCGCUUUGACGGGGAUGUACACACACUGGAGCUCCUGCUGCAGCUCGUGGGGCUCAUGCACCCCAGCUUCGGCUUUGGCUGGGUCUUGCAGGACCUGAAGGGCACCCUGGCCCAGGAGCUGGACUUUGAGAAUGAGGGCCGAAAUGCUGAGCGCUGUGCGCAGGAGCUGAAGCACUUCCGCUAUGUGGUAGUCCCUCGUGUGUACUGGGAAAAAUCCAGCAAGCGUGUGCUGACGGCUGACUUCUGUGAAGGUUGCAAGAUCAAUGAUUUGGAGGCCAUCAAAAGCAAGGGGCUGGCAGUGCAGGAUGUAGCAGAGAAGCUGAUCCAGGCUUUUGCAGAGCAGAUAUUCUAUACUGGUUUCAUCCACUCGGACCCUCACCCUGGCAAUGUUCUGGUGCGGAAAGGUCCGGACGGCAAGGCAGAGCUGGUGUUGUUGGACCAUGGACUCUACCAGUUCCUGGAUCAGAAGGACCGGUCAGCCCUGUGCCAGCUGUGGAGAGCCAUCAUCUUGAGGGACGACACUGCAAUGAAGACGCACUCGGCUGCACUCGGGGUCCAAGACUACCUUCUGUUCUCCGAGGUGCUCAUGCAGCGGCCAGUGCGUCUGGGCCAGCUGUGGGGCUCCCAUCUGCUGAGCCGAGAGGAGUCCACCUACAUGCGGGACAUGGCCCGGGACCACUUUGAGAACAUCAUGGCGGUGCUCAAGGAGCUGCCCCGGCCCAUGCUGCUCGUGCUGCGAAACAUCAACACCGUGCGCUCCAUCGUCACUGUGCUAGGCAGCCCCGUCGACCGCUACUUCCUCAUGGCCAGAAGUGCGAUUCGGGGCUGGAGCCGCCUGGUGGUUGCAGCAUACCAGGGCAUCUACAGCAGCAGCCUCCUGCGCCACGUCAAGGUCUUCUGGGAGCUACUCAAGUUUGAAGUGGCCCUGAGGCUGGAGACCUUGGCUAUGCGGCUGACCACCCUCAUGGUUCGGCUUUUGGUCUACUUGGGCAUCGUGCCUCACAACAAAGAGCUCUACCAGUAUCUGGAGACCUAGGCUUCAGGGCCAGCAAGACUUCUAGUGUCAACAGAUGGAGCUAGCCAGGCCAGUGGUAUGGACACCUUACACCCCAGGGGCCUGGGGCACGGGAGUACGCUGUGGGGCUC